CACGUGACAAGGUCGCCAGCUAAACGCCCCAGAAAUGGUACAUUUACUAUUUACACUAGUACGACUACUACAAAGCAAACUCACAUACUGAUUUCAUGGGUCUUACAAUAUCUUCCCUUUUCACGUCGUUGUCAUCGCUGGUACGAUGGAGCAAAGAUCAAGAUGUCCGUAUACUCAUGCUCGGCCUCGAUUCGGCCGGCAAGACGACAAUCCUGUACCGACUACAGAUUGGAGAAGUGGUUUCUACGAUUCCGACAAUCGGCUUUAAUGUAGAGACCGUUCAGUAUAAAAACAUUAAGUUUCAAGUAUGGGACCUCGGAGGACAGUCUAGCAUACGGCCAUAUUGGCGGUGUUAUUUCCCAAAUACAUCUGCCAUCAUAUACGUCAUCGAUUCUUCGGAUCAUGCGCGGUUGACGACGUCACGGAGUGAACUAUUGACCAUGCUUUCGGAAGAUGAACUCAACGGCGUGCCACUUCUUGUAUUCUGCAAUAAGCAAGACGUCGAAGGAGCACUGAAACCUGAAGGUAUCAGUGAACAACUUGGUCUUGCAGGUCGCGAGACGUCGAGACCAUGGAGUGUACGUGGAAGUUGUGCAACAGAGGGGACAGGUCUAGAGGAAGGAUUAGACUGGUUGGUAAAUGCAAUACAGAAAAAAUAGAACAUGUAGCCGUCCUCGUGCACGUACAUCUUCAUAGUCUCUGCAUAUUUCUUCUGCUCGUCUUUGGACAAUGGUAUACCCAUUGGUACAGCAAGCAUAAUUGUAUUUGUCCCAUAAUUUGCGCUAUAGAUUUGGAUUC